AUGUGGAGCAAACCAUUGCUUGAACAAGUUGUAUCAGCGGUCAAGAAACACUCUCAAUCCGGAACCAUUAGGAUCCAACCAAUCCGUGGUAUACAACAACCAUCACUUGCUGAAUUUGAACAAAGGCUUGUUGAAGCAAGGGAGGCAGCCAUUGAAUCUAUUCUCAAUCCCUCAAAAGCCGAAACCUCCAAUUCAGCAAGCUCAGAAGAGUACUCUCUGUUCAACAUCUUUAACUCAGAUCAAGAAGAAGAAGAAGAAAAGAUGGCAGCCAAUGACCAACGUGCUUUGGAGGAUCUUGCUCAACCAAUCAUACCAAAUUCACCUUCAUGCAUCUUGCUGUCCAUAGAAGCUAGAAACUAUGAGCUUAAAUCUUCUCACUUUCAAAUGCUUCCUUCUUUUUAUGGUUUACCUAACGAAGAUCCUUUGGCUCACAUUAAAGAAUUUUAUACUGUUGUUUGUACUUUGCCUUUGAAGGAUGUGUCUGAAGCAAAUAUGAGGAUGAGGGUUUUCCCUUGCACUUUGAAAGAUAGAGCAAAGACUUGGUUGAUGUCGUUAACCCCUGGAUCACUAACCACUUGGGAUGCUGUUGCUAAGAAGUUCUUGGAGAAGUUUUUCUCCGCCCAAAAGACAGCCACCUUGAGGUCCAAGAUUUUCAACUUCUCACAACAUGAUGGCGAACCAUUCAACGAAUGCUGGGAGCGUUUCAAAGGAAUUCUAAUGCAAUGUCCACAUCAUGGGUUACCUCUAUACUUACAAAUGCAAAUUUUUUAUGAUGGACUAACCGAAACUUGUCAAUCUACUGUCAAUAAUGCUGCAGGUGGAGCUUUAAAGAAAAAGAAUGCUCAAGAGUCAUAUGACAUAUUUGAGAUGUUGGGAUCCAAUGCUCAACACAAAGAUACAAGAGGUAAAGCUGGUAUUUAUGAGAUUAGUCCUAACAAUGAGCUUGCUUCACAGGUGGCUGGUUUACAAAGGAAGCUUGAUGCUGUGCUCAAUAUGGUACCUAAAGCUCCUCAAGUUGAAGUUUGUGCUAUUUGCAAUUCUCAAGGACACUCAACUCACAUGUGUUCAGCUAGUAAUGCUUAUCCUGAGUUUGUCCAAGAACAAGCCCACAUGAUGAAUUCUUACAACCAAAGGCCAAGAAAUGAUCCCUUCUCGAACACUUAUAAUCCUGGUUGGAGGAAUCACCCAAAUUUCUCUUGGAGCAACAAUCAAAAUCAAAAUCAAGCAAGUUCAUCAUUCCAGCCUAAACCAAGUUCAUUGGAGGACACAGUCAAGAUGAUGGCCCAAAAUACUUUGCAAUUCCAGCAAACUACUAAUGGUGCUCUUCAACAACAUUCUGCUGCCCUUACCAAGAUGGAGAUUCAAUUGGGACAAAUUGCAGAUACUUUGAACCAAAGAGAACUUGGAAAAUUCCCUAGCCAGCCAAAUGUGAAUCCCAAGCAUCAUGAGCAAGCCAAAGCAAUCUCAGUUCUCAGAAGUGGUAAGGUUAUUGAUAAUAAAGUUGGCAAUGAAGUUACUAAUCAUGAUGUUGUGAAUGCAGGUGAUGAACACAAGGAAGAGACGACACCAAAAGAAACAAUUCCCAUUGGCACGUCAACAAUUUCACCUAUAUUGCACAAGGCCGAGACCCCUUAUGUGCCACCAAUUCCUUUUCCUGGACGUCUUGCUAAAAGCAAACAGGAUAAGUCUUUUAAUGAAAUCUAUGAUAUACUUAGUAAAGUCAAUGUUAACUUGCCUUUGCUUGAUGUGAUCAGGAACAUGCCAACUUAUGCUAAAUUUUUUAAGGAGUUGAACUCACACAAGAGAAGGUAUAGUCCUCAUGAGAAGGUAUUGGUGUCUGAAAAUGUGAGUGCUGUCCUUCAAAGAAAACUUCCUCCUAAGCUCAAGGAUCCAGGCAGUUUUACCAUCGGCAUAACCAUUGGAGAUAAACGAGCUGAGAAAGCCAUGUUGGAUUUAGGUGCAAGUAUCAAUCUAAUGCCUUAUUCAGUGUACUUGCAACUUGGUUUGGGGAAGUUAAAAUCCACCACACUCAGCUUACAACUUGCUGAUCGCUCAGUGAAAUAUCCUAGAGGUAUAGUUGAAGAUAUUUUGGUUCAAGUUGAUAAGCUAAUAUUGCCUGCUGAUUUUGUAGUGUUAGACAUGGAAGAUGCACCCAGCUUGUGGAUGAAUAAUGAGUGUAUAACUGUGAUCUCAAAUGAUGACGAAAAGGAGCCUAUGGAAGAGUAUGAGAUAGAGGUGAUUCUAGUUGAGUCAAGUGAUGACGAGUCCACGGAGGAGAUCAAUGGAGAAGUGGUUCAAGCAGAGCCAAGAGAUGUUCAGAGGAACAAGGACUACUAA